UUUCGACCGGAAUUCCACGCACACACCAGCACGCACGUUCAUACCGACCGGUCGCUGCCGCCGUCGCCGCCGCCGCCGCCGCAGCCGUCGUUAUUUUUCGCGUACAAAAUAUUAAUAAUAUUAUCCGCCGAGGAGUGCGUGAACACAACAGUGCAUCGCAGUGCCGCCUUUAACCGUUCGCGGGUGCAGACAACGGGGACGUGAGCGUAAAAAUAAUUUUUUUCAAUAUUAUAAUAUAAUUAUUGUGUUCGUCGUUACGACGCGCGUACAACGGCGCACGUAUAUUUGCGUGGAAAUUAAUACGAACGGCAAAGGAUUAAGUGAUUUGUUCGCGUGUGCGCAUCAGCUCCGCCGCGGAGUUUCGAAAAGUUAUGCCGGGUGCGGAAAACGUCAUUAUCAUCACGACUUCCGUCGCCGCCCACGCUGCAGCGACAGGAUUGCGCCGGUAAUACAUCGCUGCGGAAAGUGAUCGUAUCCACACACCACAGACGCAUCAACUCGGAUCGUUACACCAGUAGAACAGAUGACUAUGGCGUCGUCAGAGGUCUAACAAGGAGUAUGGGAAGAGAGGCAUGGGCCUACGGCUGGACCAGAGACCAUUUAGCAAAGUCACGGUAGUCUUCGCAGCUCUCGUUCUCUCGCUGUUCAACAGGGUCCUAGUCCGAACUACCGGGUCGACAUUCAACGAUGCUGUACACAUCACGGCAAUCGUGGGCGAAUCAGUUGUGUUCAACUGCCAAGUGGAAUUCCCAGCCGAACACCCCGUGCCUUAUGUUCUACAGUGGGAGAAAAAAGGUCUCGAAAUACCAAUAUUUAUUUGGUACGACAACUAUCCCACUCACAGCGGUUCGGGAUACGAGGGCCGAGUAGCUAGAGUCUCCCCUGACUCGCCGUAUGGUCUUGCUUCGCUCAACUUAACCAAUAUACAGGAGUCCGACCAAGGUUGGUACGCCUGCAAGGUUGUGUUCCUCAACCGGUCGCCGACCAACAAGAACGGAACGUGGUUUCACUUGGACGUCCAUGCUCCUCCGAGAUUCGUCACCAUUCCCGGUGACGUGCAGUACAUAAACGUCGGAGAUUCUAUUAUUCUAAACUGCCAAGCGUUGGGGACACCGACGCCUGAAAUCGUAUGGUUCAAAGAUGCCACGGACGUGCAACCGACAUCCACUGUAGGAAUAUUUAAUGACGGCACCGAACUGAGGAUAUCGAACAUCCGGAUCGAGGACAUUGGCGAUUACACGUGCAUCGCUAGAAAUGGCGAAGGACAGAUCAGCCAUACGGCCAGGGUCCUGAUAGCGGGCGGAGCCGUGAUCAUGUCGCCGCCGACUAACCAGACGAAACUGGAAGGCGAAAAAGUGGAGUUCACGUGCGGAGCGAAAGCUAUGCCAGGCAAUGUCACGGUCCGGUGGUCUCGCGAAGGAGCUUUCGUCAAGUCGAUUUCGUCAUUGGAAACAAGAGUGACCAUAAAAAAAGAUGGUUCUAUGGUCAUAAACCCGGUCAGCGCUGACGAUUCAGGCCAGUAUCUGUGCGAAGUGAGCAACGGCAUAGGCGACCCGCAGUCCGCGUCCGCUUACUUGAAUGUGGAAUAUCCGGCAAAAGUGACGUUCACGCCGACCGUUCAGUAUUUACCGUUUAGAUUAGCAGGUGUUGUUCAAUGUUAUAUUAAAGCCAAUCCUCCUUUACAAUACGUCACAUGGACCAAGGACAAACGUUUGCUCGAGCCUUACCAGCAAAAAGACAUCGUUAUCAUGAACAACGGUUCACUGUUAUUUACCAGGGUCAAUCAAAACCACCAGGGAAGAUACACGUGUACGCCCUACAACGCACAGGGUACGCAAGGCUCGUCCGGUCAAAUGGAAGUUUUGGUUAGGAAACCGCCAACGUUCACGGUCGAACCGGACAACAUGUACCAGAGAAAGAUUAGCGAAUCGGUAGAAAUGUAUUGCGACGCGCAAGAAGCUGAGGGCACACAAAAACCGAAGAUCCAAUGGCAGAGAAGAGACGGAGCACCGUUACCUAAAGGUCGUCACAGCAUUCACGGAGGAAAUAUUACAAUAGAAAACCUCAGGAAAACCGAUUUCGGUUACUAUCAUUGUGUCGCCAGCAACGAGGUGGCCACAAUAGUGACGACCACUCAUCUGGUCGUCGAGGGCACGCAGCCGCAUUCUCCUUAUAACGUCACGGCCAACGCUUCCGAGACGGCCGUUACAUUACAGUGGUUACCCGGUUACAGCGGCGGUCCUGAUUACAAACAGGACUAUACGAUUUGGUAUAAAGAACCAGGAAUGACAGAAUGGUCUAGGAUACCUGUUACUCCGUCCGGGAGCACUCAAGUUACCAUAAAUAGACUAACACCCGACACAACGUACGAGUUUCAGGUUGUAGGGAAAAACGCACUGGGUGACGGCAUGCUCAGUAAAGUUAUUUCAAUUAGGACAUUGGCAGCCGUACCAUUAACCGUGGCCAAAAAAACAAGUCCCGCGCCACCGGUCACCGAGUUACCUCCUCCCCCGAGCGACGACGUUGUCGACUAUAGUGACCUCAUUUUACCCACCGAAUCAUCUGGUGCUACAUUGUAUCCACCAGUGUUUAGACCAAAAGGACCUAAACCCGGACCGCCAAGAAAUUUAUCCAUCACCGAGGUCAGAAAUGGCUUUGUCAUCUCUUGGCAAGCGCCUUUGGAAAGAGCGCAUUUAGUCCGUUAUUACGUCAUUCACUAUAAGACCGACGGGAUCUGGAGAACGUUAAACAAGGCACAGAUCAGAGCAGAGGAUACGUCUUAUCUCGUGAAAAGUUUGGUCGGCGGUCGUACGUACUAUUUCCGAGUGGUCGCCUACUCUUUGAAAAGCUUCGAGAACAGCGAAGAGAUAAAGUUCCCGGUGCCGGCUCGGGUCAAGCACAAGGCGAUCACGGCGGGUGUGGUCGGCGGACUGUUGUUCUUCAUCGUCGCCAUAAUACUGUCGGUGUGCGCGGUGAAGAUCUGCAACAAGAGAAAACGGAGAAAACACGAAAAAGCUUACAACAUGGUCGCGUGCAGAAUCACGGACGCCAGAAACGGCGGUCAGAUACCAGGAACUAGUCAAGUGCCUUUAAAAAAAUCUAGAUCAACCCGAAUAUCAAGUCUGAGCAGCGGGUGCAACGUCGUUCUCAACAUGGUCACGCGGUCCCGGUCCAGCUCGUUCCUCGACCAGGACCACGACUGCGUGGACGGCGCGCAACACGAGCAACGCCGGCUGGGCAGGAUCUCGCGCUCCGCGGACGGCAGGUUCGUGUUGACCCGGGGCGACUCGAGAUCGUCGAGUUUGAGCAGUUCCAGCGACGACGGCGGCUUCCUGUCGCACCCGAGUUUCGCCGACCGGACGCGGAGCCCGCAACAACGGCCGCCGCCGCUGCUGCCGUCGAUGCCGUCGAUGCCGAUGCCGCCGCCGUCGUCGUCGUCGCUGUUCUACGCCAACGAGCACUGGCUGGACCUGACGUCGCCGGUACUGCCGUCCCCGUCGUCGCACAGCAGCGCCAGCAAGCCGCUGAGCGUCGACGACCAGUACGAGUUCGACCCCGUGUUCCCGGUGUCGCCCACGCCCACCGACAUGAUGAUGAUGGCCACCCGCACGCCCACCACGCCGUCGCCGUCCAGGUCCCGGACGCCCACGCAGCUCAAGAAGGCCAAGUACGAGAACGUCGAGGCCAGGCUGCAAGCGAUGAAGGAGGAGUUCUACGCGUACAAGAGGCGCCAGGCGGAGAUGGCUCGCAUGGGGUACGUCGAGAGCGCGUGUUGAUCGAACGUGUGACGCUAGGAAUAUGAUUUGCGCGCGCGUGUACAGAACGACGUUUCGUAAAAGCUCAAGGACAACGAUUUUUUUCUCCCCCCACCCCCGCCCCCCACUCGUACUAUUUAUUCCGCAAAGUUCAAUACUCGAGAUAACGUUACCGUAAUUAAUAAAUUUUAAACAGAUAUAUGAUAACGCGUUCAAGUCGAAAUGAUAGGCUGACCGAAUGCGUUACGGUUUCAUGUAAAUACGUACGUUUCAUACAGUAUUUCUAAAAAAAAAAAAAAAAAAAAAGUUAAAAAGAUAAAAAGAAAAAAAAAAA